AUGGUGCACAAGAUCCUAUUCUGGGGCGGCUUUGGCAUCGCCGUGCGGUUAUGGCAACUCGGCAUCCAAAUGCGUCCCCUGUUCGACCGCAGCCACAUCAUCGCCUACCCGAUCUACGCCGCAGUCGGAGGCGGGUUCGGGUUCUGGCUGGACGGCUUCGAGAAGCGACAGUUCAGAUACGUGACCGACAUGAAGGAGCGGUUAAUAGAGAAGAGGAAGCGGGUCGCCGCGCUGGAGGCG